UUCGUGCCGGCCAGCUUCGUGCUCUUCCUGAUCGAGGAGCGGGUCAGCAAGGCCAAGCACCUGCAGUUCGUGAGCGGGGUCAAGCCCAUCCUGUACUGGCUGGCCAACUACACCUGGGACAUGAAAAUGUAUGCUUACCCAGACUUUCGGCGCCAAUCGGCACAGUCGACCAGGCUUUUCAUGGCGGCUUCGGAGCAGGCAAAGGGCGUGGGAAAAGGGCCUGGACUCGCUAAACCCAAAGAGGAGGUUAUGACAGAGGCCCGCAAUUUCAUCGCCAACAAUGGAGGGGACCCCAACGAUUUCUUUCUGACACUGGCGCACUGUCAGCUUCAGUUUGGCAUGUACCAGGGCCAGAGAUUCAGGUGGUUGAUGGAGAACAACCUUGGCUAUGCUCUGUAUUUAUUGCAGAGCAUUUCCAAAGAAAGUGUACAGGCAAACCCUAUGUCUGAGAAUAAACAGCUGCUCCUGCAGUAUGCCUCUCAGAUCAGAGAGGUGAAAGAGGAAUUGAAAAAGUUCCAGAGGAAGAUGGGGAUGCAGGCUAAAGCCCGUGACACUGGAGACGAGGGCUGGUUGAUGGUGGAGUUUGGUGAUUUUCAGGGCCAAUCCAUGAAGGACGUUUAUGAGGACCAAACAUCGAAGGCCCAGAAACUCAUCAACUACCUGGUUCAAGCAGAUGCCCGACCCAACACCAACAUGGCCCUUUUCAGAGCUUAUGUCUUGAAAAGACGUGCGUCUACCUCCAGCACCUCUGCACCUCCACCUGCAGCCUCCACAUCAUCUGCACCUCCACCUGCAGCCUCCACUUCCUCUGAAGCCUCCACAUCGCCUGCUCCACCACCUGCAGCUUCUGGAACUGGUGCAUGGAAAAAAUCAAAUGUGAAAGCGCUGCUGGCGAGUGGCAAACAUUUAUCUCCCUCCACGCUGGCAAGAAAGCUGAUGGCACCAGUUAAGUCCUCUCCAGCUCCGAAUAUGCCUGCAAACCCCAGGACCAAACUGCAGCUUUUUGAUGCUUGUGAGGAUGAUGAUGAUGAUGAUGAUGAUGAUGAUCAGGAGCUGAUAUCUGCUGUAUCCCAAUUCGAAGCACAGCUAAAUACAGCUCUUCCAACGACUGUGCGUGUAGAGUCCUGUGCUGAUCCCCUUCCAGCAGCCAUACCAGAUCUUGAUGAUCAUCAACAACCAGCUGAUCUUCCCGCUCCCUGGAAGGAUCAGCUUCCACGUUUCCAGCAGGAAUGGAUUCGGCGGGCUUUAUUCCAAGCAAACCCACAAACCGGCAAGCGAUAGCUGGUGCCCAAUGUGAAACUUUGGUGGUAUCCUCCUCAGCCCCUACUCAUUCACACCCAGCCUCCCGCCUCACCUGACCACUUCUUCGGCCGGCCGCUGUUCUUGUGGAUGCCACGCAAGAUGUUUAAGUUUCCCCUCGUCUGCGUUCGUCCAGCCUGUGGCAAGCACAAGCUCACAGCAGCAGGACUCUACCAGACAGUUCACCAGGUGUUGGACAUCGACGGGUGGUAUGACCUUGCCACUGAGUACCUGGAAUGCAAAGGCUGCUCAAGGAAGUAUCCUGCUUGGUCCGAGGACAUCUUAGGACAGCUGGACAUGGGCCAUCGCAGCCAGUUUCCAGCUUUGCUGACCUACAGAUACUCGUGUGACAUCCGGGUGCUGCGGAUGAUGAGGGAGAGGACCAUGGGUAACAGCUCGUCACAGCUGUACAAGAAGCUGCAGGAGCAACACAGCGAGAAAUGGCUGCAACGUGUCCUGCAGUACUUGACGGCUUGUGAGCCUUUCACAAGGCUUUCUCUCGUGCACCCCCCUGCCUUCGCUAAGCCUCCUGAGCUCCCUGACCUUCCCAAGCCUAAGUGGCUGUUGGCCGUCUAUGCCAGGGAUGUUCUUGCCAGACUUCAUUUGGUGAAGGCCAAAAUCACUUCCAUCUUUGGCUCUGUGCUCAAGAUGGACUCCACCAAAAAAGUCACCAAGAAGCUGUCUGGUGCUGCUGCAGGUACAGCUGCUUGGUGCACAAAUGUGGGGAACGAGCACGGUCAGGUUCUUGUCUCCGUUAUGACAGCCGGCGAGGGACAAGCACUUGACGCCAUGGCAGAUGGCCUAAUGAAGCGGUACAGGGAGGCAGGCGAGCCACAACCAAAAAUUCUUUACGUGGACAGAGACUGCUGCAGUCAGCAUGGCCCUUGCCGGACGAAGACCAUGUUUGCUGAGUGGGACGGGCUUCAAGUGUGCCUUGACAUUUGGCAUUUCAUGCGCCGGUUUGCCGCAGGUGUCACGACAGAAGCACACCCCCUCUAUGGCAUUUUCAUGGCACGCCUGUCCACAUGCCUUUUUGAGUGGGAUCCGGAGGACGUUGCUGCUCUUCGCCGUGCCAAGGAGGGUGAGCUGACGGCACAGAGGAUUGGCCACAUCUCGGAGGAGGCGGUGACCACUUGCAUUAGGCGGAGGGAGUUGGCACGGCACUGCAGGAGGAGGACCAGAGGGGUGGAGGAGACCACCAGACUGAUUGGGUCAUUGAUCAGUCUGUUCGACAGCGACAGUGGGAAGGACACUCUAGGCGUUCCUCUGCUGGACCACCAACGUAUCCAGCAAAUAUGGCAGGAGCAGGAGAAACACGUGGCCUGCAUCCAAGACCCAGAGGACUUCCAGCUCUACACAAAGACGGGCACCCUGAACAAAGGCGGUGUGGAGCUGUGCUGCUACAGAUGUGCCCGUGGCUCUACCUCGCUUGAGUCCUUCCACCUCCACUUGAACAGGUUUAUUCCAGGAACCAGUGCCAGUGAUGCGCAUUUCCAGGCGUAUCUGCUUGAAGGGCUGAUGCGCUGGAAUGAUGACCGGUUGGAGGACGCCGUGAAAGGUUCACCUUCCGUCCGCUCUUACGGCAGCACCCUGAGAGAGGCAGUGGACCAGCUCAGCCGACAGGUGCUAGGGACAUGCUUGGAUGAGCGCUAUCGCACUCCUGGAGCGUACACAGGCAAGAAAUGA